AUGAAGCAUCUUGUGGCAUUAUCAGAAAUAAAACCAGAAAUAAUUGCUACAGAUCCUCAAAAAGAGCGUGAAAGAAAAUUGGAGUGGGAAAAUAGAACUACAAACGAUCACAGUUUUGGAGGAUCAAAGGAGACGUUACCGAGGCGUGAGGUAGCAUCCUUGGGAAAAUUUGCAGCAGAGAUUCGUGAUCCUAACCUGAAAGAGGCUCUUGCAUGGCUUGAGACAUUUGACACGGCAGUGGAGGCAGCGAAAGCUUACAAGAGGGUGGCAUUUAAACUUAGAGGAAGCAAAGCGAUACUGAAUUUCCCGCUUGACGCUGGCCUUUCCAACCCCUCUUCCGGAAUAUGA